AUGGUCGGAAUUCCUUAUGGGUCAGUUCUAUGGGCUCCCCCCGUCAAUGCCAUCUGGGGCAAGAAAGGCCAGCGUAUUAAGGUCCAUGACCUUGGUAAUGGCACGUUCCUCUUUAAGAUGCCUUCCUCUGAGGUCAAAAACCAUGUCCUCAGUCGGAAAUUUUGGCAUAUUGGGUCUUGUCCCAUGUAUGUUUCUCUGUGGCAUCCGAAUUACUCCCCUGAGAAGCCAACUCUAAAGUCAAUUUCCACCUGGGUAUCACUACAUAAUGUCCCUUACCAGCUUUACAACUCUGAUUGUCUGAGCCGGCUUGCUACUAGUAUUGGGAACCCACUGUACCUUGACCGCGCCACGGGUGCUAAAGAAAACCUGAAAGUUGCUAGAGUAUACAUGGAUGUAAAUCUGCUCGCUCCGCUGCCCUCUCGUCUGGUAGCCACUCUCCCGUCAGGGGAAGAAUGCUUCAUCACAGUCGCUUAUGAUUGGAUCCCGCCGCUCUGUUCGGCCUGUGCAGAAAGGGGUCAUAACUCCCAGCAUUGCCCGAAACACCCUCCAACUGCACGGGAUAAGAGGACCAGCGUCCAUCUUAUUCCGCAGCCAGAGCAGUGCCGAGACCAACCUGGCCGGAUCUGCCUAGUAUGGAGCCCUGAGGUUUUAGUCACAUCUACCAGUCCUCAGCCCAAGCCGUUACUUGCGGAAUCCUCAUCCCCAAGUCGAAAAGCGUCAUUCACUGCUACCUUCAUCUAUGCAAGGAAUACCCCAUCCGAGCGAAAGGAUAUUUGGAAUGAGUUAGUACAUCUGUCUAUGUACCAACCGAUAGCUGCAUCCCCUUGGACUAUAUUGGGUGAUUUCAAUCAGAUAUUGAUGUGCAGUGAGCGCUCUGACUAUCCAAAUUCCCCUCAUCCAUCCCAAGGCCUAACUGACCUUGAGGAGUGUGUAGCUAUUGCUGAGAUCCAUGAUAUCCCGAGUCGAGGAUUGCACUUUACCUGGUGUAACAACCAAAGUCUAGCUCCCCUAUCAGUUAAGCUUGACCGUAUCAUGUGCAACCUAAAGUGGCAUGACAUGUUUCCUGAGGCGUAUGCAGAUUAUGUUAUUCACGACACUUGGAACGAGUUACCGUCAGUUGGUACUUACCAAUAUCAACUCUGCAAGCGCCUAAAAAGCCUUAAACACCCGUUGCGGAAGUUAAAUCGAGAGGUUUUCAGCAACCUCUCAAGCCUUGUCGAGGAAGGAAAAAUCCUGCAUAAGAAGUGGCUACUUCUAUCUGCUGUAGAGGAGCGCCUUUACUGUCAGAAAUCGCGCAUUCAAUGGCUCAAGUUGGGUGACCGUAAUACAAGUUUUUUCCACAAGUCAGCCUCCUCUCGUGUAGGCCGCAAUAGGAUCCAUUAUCUAAUUGAUCAACACGGUCAGCGAGUGGACAAUCCGACUGAUGUCCGGACACUAGCUGUUGAUUUCUACAAAAAUAUGUUGGGUUCACGAGACUACAGCACUGUUGAACCUCCUGCAAGUUGGUUGUCUAGCCUACUACACUCUGUUCAACUUGAUCCUACAGAUCUUGAUAUUUCGAGGAUUCCGAUAGCAGAUGAGAUUAAGGCUGUUAUCAUGUCUCUGCCAUCGAAGAAAGCACCUGGGCCGGAUGGUUUCCUAAAGGAGUUCUUCACCUCCUCUUGGGAUAUUGUCGGUAAUGAUAUAAUCAAGGCUGUGGAGGAAUUCUUCAUCAGUGGGAGGCUACUUGGGCAGAUGAAUGCUACUGCGAUUGUACUCGUUCCUAAGAGGCCAGCGGCUGUGUCUCUAACCGAGUUUCGGCCCAUUAGCUGCUGCAAUUUCUCGUACAAGGUGAUAUCGACCAUUCUAGCUCGUAGACUCAAACCCCUGCUUGAGAAGAUUAUUUCCCCAAACCAAACUGCCUUUCAGAAGGGUAGAUUGAUGGUGGAAAACAUACUAAUGGCUGCAGAGCUAGUUAAGGAUUAUAGAUGUAAGAGCUCUCCCCGAAGUGCUAUGCUAAAAUUGGAUAUUCGUAAGGCUUUUGAUACUGUGAAUUGGGAUUUCCUCAUUGGCAUUCUCAGAGCCUUAAAGCUCCUGGACAGAUUUGUGGGUUGGAUUGAGCAGUGUAUCACUACUACUAAGUUUUCUAUUGCUAUUAAUGGAGAGUUGCAUGGCUAUUUCCCUGGAACUCGCGGUCUCCGGCAAGGUGACCCGCUAUCGCCCUACUUAUUCAUUCUUGUGAUGGAAAUAAUUUCGAGGAUGAUUGAUAAGGCAGCUAUGGAGGGGAAAUUUCGGUUGCAUAACAAAUGCCGAAAUCCGCUUAUCACCCAUCUUGCAUUCGCUGAUGAUGUAAUGCUUUUCUCUGAAGGUUCCCCUGAAUCCUUGUCUGCCAUUAAAAGUCUCAUUGACGAGUUCGGAAACUACUCUGUUGGGUUAUCUACGGGUUCCUAG